AUGGCAGACUCCUUAAGCAAAGCUGCUAGAAAGAAGUCCCAAGCCAGAGACAUCCAAAGAAUCGAUGAGUACUAUCCCGCAUGCUGUCAGAAGCAUCCCUUAGACCAGGGCAAUCUCCUCAGUCUGCCUUUUGCAGCAGCCCAGCCCAUUUGCUGCUGGAAGAAAAGAGGCCCCUACAAGGGACAAAUCAAUGAUGUAUUCAUAAGGAGAGCUUUGGUAGACACGGGUUCCUCUGUCAACAUAUUACCUCUGUCUGUGCUUACGGCAGCUGGUAUCCCAUUAUCUAAAAUUGUCCAAUCACAAACAAACAUCAGCGGUUUCAGGAAUAAGAGUGAAGUCACAGUCGGGCAACUGCAAGUAAAUUUGAAGGUUGGGCCAAUUCGGUCACUUACUAAGUUCUAUGUAGUGGAUGUGGAUGUGGCUUACCAUUCUUUGCUUGGAAGGCCAUGGCUCAACAAGCAUAAACUUGUGGUCUCUACCUAUCAACAAUGUGUAAAAGGAAGGAUUGGGAUGAGGCCCCUACGCAUACCUGGAAACCAAGCACCGUUCAACAAAGAUGAAGCUCACUACUCCGAGGCAGAAUUCUACACUGAAUGCACAGGUGCUGGAAGCAAUCCAUCCAAGGAUGUCGGGACCUACGUUCCUUCAUGGACUGAAAUUCGUGAUUUAAGCAAUGAGGAGCUCAUCACCAUUGUUGAUUGA